AUGCGCCUCAUAUCGCGUCGUUGCAGCUUCAUAGCGCUUGCUGUUGCCUUGGUAUCGCUUUGCUUUCUGGUGAACCAUGGAGUCCACCAGAUCAUUGUGCGUAAGCAGAUUUCUAUGAAUGUCUUACCUAAAGUACCCGAAACGGACGAAUGCAUACAUAUUGUUCAACUACUCCGGGGCAAUGAAACUGUUCACCGAUCAGUUACCAUGCUCAAAAGUCUCCUGUACUUCCAACACCGACUCCCAGCAAAUAAGAUACAAGUAAAUUCGACCUCCACAUGCUUGAAUGACACACGUGAAGAGUACACACGCACCACCAUUCAUGUGCAUGUCAUUGUGGAGAGGGCAACACUCCCGUUGGUCCAAGCCACAUACAGCAAGUGGAAUGUCAAGGACUUUUACUGGCAUCUUUAUGACAUGGACAAAUACCUGCAUCUGGUGAAGUGGAUUCCUAACAGGCAUGAAUCUGGAAUAGCUAGUCUGAUGAAGCUAUUCCUACCAUCAGUGUUGCCUGAUCGAUUAGAGAAAGUACUCUGCGUUGACUCAGAUACUCUCUUCAACUUUGAUGUUCUAGAGUUGUGGAAUCAUUUCAGAAUGUUCAACGCAACACAGGCGCUCGCACUCGCAUGGGAACAACAGAGUGCGAAGAGUGACUGCUCAUAUGCGCAAACAAUCCCCAUUCCACCGAAUGGAGUAAAUGGUGGGCUGGUUCUGAUGCAUCUCAAAAGGCUGCGAGCUCUCGACUGGGACAAACUUCGUGAGGAUGCUUUAAAUGAAUAUUUGCAAGCUUUUCAAGUACUCAACCAGGGUGAUCAAGUGAGUAGCAAUCGGAGAAUUCUAGCAUAA